AUGGAAAAGUUCCUGCGCUCCUGGCGCCAGGAUGCGCUGAAUCGAGGCCAACACGAUGCUGCCAUUUACAUCGGCGACAAAGUGCUCGCAUUGACGAACAGCGACUCCGAUGCUUUCUGGCUCGCCCAAGUCCAUUUCUCUAACAACAACUACACGCGCGCCUUGGCCCUCCUGUCUCGAAAAGAUCUCAUCUCUCGAAGUACCGCUUGCCGCUAUCUCGCCGGCCAUUGCUAUAUAAAACAGAAUCAGUUUGAACAGGCCUUGUCAGUGCUCGGCGACCAUAACCCGACUCAUUUGAUCCGCAGCAGCAACAGCCGUCGCAAGCUGCAGCACCUCACUUUGCGCAACGGCAAGACUACAGCAUCGCGGAUUGACCGCAAUGAGGAGAGGGAAAGGGAGGAUGCGAAUAACAUUCGGUUUGAGGCGGCGAUGUGCUACCUGCGAGGACUCUGCUUUGCGAAGCAGAAUGCCUUUGAUCGCGCCCGUGACUGUUACAAAGACGCUGUGCGCAUUGACGUGCAGUGCUUUGAGGCUUUUGACCAGUUGAUGAAGAACUCGCUCAUGUCGCCGGCUGAAGAGCUCGAGUUUCUGGAAUCCUUAGACUUUGAUGCGGUAUCCUCGCCCGAUCCGUCUGUCGCACAGGAAGCGGCUCAUUUCACCAAGAUGCUCUACACAACCCGACUGUCGAAGUACUCGUCGCCUGCCAUCCUGUCCGACGCGACCGAGACCCUGUCCACGCACUACAACCUUGCAGAGAACCCUGAUAUUCUUCUUUCUCGGGCUGAAGCUCUUUACACCCAGUGCCGGUUUGCGGAGGCGCUUGAGCUGACAUCUUCGAUCUUGGCCACGGAGGCGAGCACCACACCCAAUGUACCGGCUCUAAGUCACCUCGGGCAUCCUCCAGCGGUUUACCCUUUGCAUCUGGCCUGCCUAUACGAAACAGGUGCGACAAAUGCGCUCUUCCUACUCGCUCACACGCUGGCCGACCAUGCGCCAGAGGAGUCGUACACGUACCUUGCGAUUGGCGUCUACUAUCUGUCUGUGUCGAAGAUUGCCGAAGCACGGCGGUUCUUCUCGAAAGCAUCCUUGCUGGAUCCGCACUCUGCACCCGCGUGGAUUGGGUUUGCACAUACUUUUGCGGCUGAAGGAGAGCAUGAUCAAGCUAUAGCCGCAUACAGCACGGCCGCUCGGCUGUUCCAAGGCAGCCACUUACCGCAGCUGUUCCUUGGUAUGCAGCAUUUGGCUCUGAAUAACAUGUCCUUGGCCCAUGAGUACCUGUCUGCCGCCUACGCAAUGUCCACGGGUGCGGCUGCCGGCACAGUGCCAUCCAUUCCCGCUAACCCUUCCGGCGACGCCCAUGGCGGUGACCCACUGGUUCUCAACGAACUCGGUGUGGUACUCUAUCACCAGAACCAUCUCGAGGGUGCUGUAGAGCUAUUUAAUCAAUCGCUGGCUUUAGCGACGGCACUUCAUUGUGAGCCGGGUGCCUGGGUGGCUACACGGGCGAAUUUGGGUCACGCACUGCGCCGUAUCGGACGACUAGCCGAGGCGCUUGCUGAGUUCGACGAAUGCCUUCGGAUCGGUGCGGGCGGGGCAGGCGUCGCCUACGGUCCAUUUUUGGGCGGCACUGGCAGCAGCGCCUCGGGUGUCGCGUCGUCGGGUGUUGGGGGCUACGAAGACCGUGGCUUGAUCGGAUCACUUCAUACAUCGCGUGGCCUUGUGCUGCUGGAACUUGGACGGACCAUGGAGGCGGUAACAGCUCUUCAUGAAGCCGUUCGCGUCCUUGGGGCCAGCGGAGGCGGGGAUGCGGCUGGCGGCGCGGGUAUCGCUGGCACUCUUCUCUCCCGUGCUUUGGAGAUCUGGGCUCUGGAGGGUCAUGAGGGGGAGUCUGCACCACCAGAGGAUUUUGAGCGAGUGACCACCAGCCGCAGUUCGACUCGUUCGCGCGACAAGGGCAAGGGAAAGGCAUCAAGACGGCGUGGCAUGACGGAGGAAGAAUGGACGGAUGAAGUCCCUCAAGCUAGUGUCCCGACCACGGGCCCUGCAACGGAGACAUUGGAACAAAAGGUGGAGAUGGAGCUCGAUGACGAGGCAGAUGGGCUACUACGACAUGCAAUGAGUCGGGUUCGCGGCGGGCGAGGAAGACGACGACUUGAUUUCAGCCCCGACACUGAGGCCACUGAGACCCCUGGGCCGGCUGGAGCUCGUAGUCGAGGGUCCAGGGCCCGUUCGUGA